AUGGAGACAUCGGGGAUCAUUGUUGAGAAGUUCAUCAAAUUCCUAACAGAUGCGGACUUAAUGUCGGAAGAAAUGAUGUUGCCGGAAAAGAUUCUCAGCAAAUAUGGUAAUAAGCUGGCGAAUUCUUUUAUGUUGAAAUUUCGAAAUGGUUAUGAAAUUCAUGUUUUCAAUUACCAAGAGGGAGGCUUGAUUUAUGACAUGUCUAGCUUGUAUGAGGAUUUUGAAAUGGAACCUGGGCAACUUCUUGUGUUUGAAUAUGAUGGGCAAUCUGGUUUUAAUGUUUAUGUUAUUGGGAAGAACCUUGUGGAGAUUGAGUAUCCCCUUUUGGUUCAUGAAACGCAAAAGGGUCGUCCUCGAAAUGUGAAUGUUAAAUCUGGUGGUUUGAAGUUUAUCAAAUUCUUGAAAGAGGAGGAGACAAUGUUUGAUGAAUUUGAGCACCCUCGCUCAUUUAAGAAAGCUUUCCACCUUUUGCCCGGGUAUCAGAACUUUAUUUUUAGCAAUGGGAAUUAUGAGGAGCCUGGUGUAACAACUAUUUCCUUUUUCGACUACGACUUUGUGGAGUACAUAUUUCCUGGAACUCCUCUGUCUAGUGGGUUAAACUCGCAUGCACUUCCUGUCUUUGGACGUAUUGAGAUCAUUGUCCAGCCUCACCACUUGUACAAAUAUGUGUAUGGAGUGGAUAUUUCAACUGAUUACAUUGCUAUCACUGGUUUGUGGAAGAAAAAAGACUAUAUCAGCAUCUACUCAGAGGAGAAAGGUUGGAAGUUGCAGGUGGGGAAUCGUGGUGGGAAGAGCAACCGUACCACAAUCCACGAUGGGUGGAUCCAAUUCAGAGAUGACCUGGGCUUGCAUUUGGGAGACGUGGUUGUGCUGAAAUGUGCAAGGAACUCUAUUCAGCAUUUUGCUCUUCAAGUGCUCAGGAAUCAUGUUGACAAAAUGAAAAAGUACUGUUCUGCAAUUAUGUGUCUGCGUUAUGUUGAAGUAGUUAUCUUUGAAAUUGUUAGUAAUGGUUCAGAAUUCUGUGAGAAUGUUGCUUACUACUGCCGCACUUUUGUGAAACUUUCUAACAUUGAGCUGGCCUGA